AUGGAUGAGUGGGCCUGCCUGGACUCAGCUCAGCGGAAUUUGUAUUGGGAUGUCAUGUUCAAGAACUACAGAAACCUGGUCUUCCUGAGUUUUGCUGUCUCUAAGCCAGACCUCAUCACCUGUCUAGAGCAAAGCAAAGAACCCUGGAAGGUGAAGACACAUGAAACAGUAGUCAAGCACCCAGACAGAGUCUCACUAUGUCACCCUUGGUAG